ACGAGUGUGUUGAGGUAAAGGGGUGAGGCAGCCGUCCACCACCGUCUCGUUUCUGUACUUAACCGAGCUAUUCCACUUUACAACUCGAUAAAUGAGUUAAUGAUAUUUAGAGGUGAUAUUCAUGAAAGAGUGGACACUGGACUUUAGUUAACUACAGUGUUUUGAACUUGUGCCAAGCUUUGUGAUUAAUGCUCGUGUGCGGCCGUCUGGUACAUCCGGGAGCUUAGUACACAGAGGAUCAUCAUCUGUUGUACACACACAGUCAUACAAACAUACACAGGAUGUCAGGAGGAACACAAUGGAUAGUAAUGGGAGUGUUGCUGAUGGGCUUGGGUGUGUGUGGGCUAGAAAAUGGGCUGGCCCGCACCCCACCCAUGGGUUGGUUAGCCUGGCAGCGGUUUAGGUGCAACACUGACUGUGUCAAUGACCCACACAACUGUAUCAGUGAGUUGCUGUUCAUGCAAAUGGCAGACAUCCUUGUGAAUCAAGGGUACCGCGAUCUGGGAUAUGACAUGAUUUCUCUGGAUGACUGCUGGCUCUCCAGGGAACGUGAUGCCCUUGGUAGACUUCAGCCAGAUCCCUUUCGCUUCCCAUCAGGCAUUGCUGCCCUUUCUGACUAUAUGCACAAACGUGGUCUGAAGUUUGGUAUAUAUGAGGAUUAUGGAAACUUCACAUGUGCUGGCUACCCUGGCAUUUUGGGUCACCUACAAACAGAUGCUGACACAUUUGCUGAUUGGGGAGUUGACUACGUGAAGUUGGAUGGGUGUUACUCUCACCCAGUAGAUAUGGAUCAGGGCUACCCCCUAUUUGGUUUUUACCUCAACCAGACGUUACGACCCAUGGUAUACUCCUGCUCAUGGCCAGUCUACCAGACAUAUUCCGGCAUGACGCCUAACUACACUUCCAUUAUUAAUACCUGCAAUCUCUGGAGAAACUUUGAUGACAUUCAAGACUCCUGGGAAUCUGUGCAACGGAUCAUUGAUUAUUAUGGAGAUAAUCAGGAUGACAUAGUUCCUAAUGCUGGCCCUGGACACUGGAAUGACCCUGAUAUGCUGAUCAUUGGCAAUUUUGGUCUAAGUUAUGAACAAUCAAAAUCUCAAAUGGCCAUGUGGGCAAUAUUUGCCGCACCCCUACUAAUGUCCGUGGAUCUGAGAACAAUUCGCCCUGAGUACAAAGCUAUCUUACAGAAUCGGGCUGUUAUUGAAGUGAAUCAGGAUCCUCUAGGCAUUCAGGGCAAAAGAAUAUAUAAGGAUAAAGGCAUUGAGAUAUGGGCUCGUCCAAUAACUCCAGUAUUUCAAGGUCACUACUCAUAUGGUGUAGCUUUUCUCAACCGACGUACUGAUGGAACCCCUUCAGAGGUCUCGGUAACCUUACGUGAAAUCGGUCUUUCUUAUCAUGGAGGAUACGCAAUAACUGAUCUCUUCGAUAGUGUACAUUAUGGGACGGUUCUCCCUGAUAAGAGAUUCAAAGUAGAUGUGAACCCCUCUGGGGUUGUAUUGGUGAGAUGUGAAGUCGUCAAAACAACUGGAUUUGGGGGUGGCAGGCCACAGUUGAUUGAACCUGCACCUCAAAGUUCUAUCAGACCUCCAUUCCAGAAUCAUCUCUUCAAUCAGUUUGGACAACAGAGGCUUUUCUAAAUUAAUAGUAAUGGUGUUUUCACUGUACAAAGAUGUGUACGCUUCUACAUGGCCAAUAUUUGUCAUAGUUUCAUUUAUAUUAAUAAGAUUUCCAGAUAUGUAGAUUAAGCAUUUUUAUACAUAUUUAAAUGCUUAGAUAUUAGCUUAGAUGUGAAUAGGAAACUAUUUUAUAUCAGAAAGCAUAUGGUAUUUCAAGUUCAGAUAUCCUGAGGGUGCUAUUGGUUAACCAUCAAGAGAGGGUGUACAGAAAUUUUAAUUUGGAAUAAUUGUUAAGUUGAGGUUGUAUGUAUUUAUUUUGGGUAGAAUCCUGACAAAUAUAAUGGCUCAUCAGCUUUAUUCUUUAAAUUUUUAAUUAUAAAACUUUGUGUAUUCAAUUUCUAGAUUGGUUACUUUUGGUAGUACAGUACAUGCAGCUCAUGCACUGGACAUCUUAUAUGUUCACACUGAAAAACAAUAGUCUUAAAGGCUAGCAAAUUAAUUUUGGGGGUAUAUAUAAUGUUUAUAAUUUCAUGUGUAAUGAGUAAUAGUGAGCCAAUAGUUGAAUUUCAUGUCAUGUCUAUGACAUGUUAAAUGAUGUGAGCCCUUUAAAUUUGCCUGUGGAAAUAUCAAGUCAUCGAUAAUUGCAGAAGUGUUACUUUAAAAUUUGACAUUGUAAAACUUUUCUCAUAAUACAGUUUUUACUAUCUUUGAUUGAAUGUAUAAUUUAUGCUGAUUAGGUAAAUUUUGAAAUUUAAGAAACUGACAUUCCAAUUACAGUACUGUAUAUCUAGUUGUAUAUAAGGUGACCUUUGAAGCUUAAAAAAUUUCCCUGAGGCUAAGGUUCAUCUUAUUUGCCAAGUAUAAAAUUUGAACCUUAAAUCAUAAUGAUGGCAGGCAGGGUGAGAGCAUCACCUAACACUCACUCAGUAAUCCUUUCUAAAAUAUUUCCUAGUGGAACUCAUGUUUGGUAAACUUAAUUAACAUACAGAUUUAUAUUAAAAUAAUAAAAAUGAAUUAUUAUUAAACUCGUCUUAUCUAAAAUUUAUGUGUUGGGAUUACAAGACAACAUUAAGUUAGGAUCAUCACUCAAUACACACCAUCUCCAACAGCUGCUCAGUAAGAUUGGUACAGUGUUCUUGUUUACAUCAUACUGUAGUAUAUCUAGCUGAAAGUUUUGAAACCUCUUUAUUCACAUAGUACGCCAACACACACACACACAGUACUUCAGUACAUGCACAGUAUUCUCACAUAUACUGUAUAGUACUCUAAUGCACUUAAGUAUUCCAACACACACUGAACUCUAACGCACACACAGUAACAGUACUCCAUCAUGCUACCACCAAUUUGUUUAUACUGUGGAUACACAUAUUUUUUUUGUUUUUUAACACUUAUUUGGAUAUUUUAUAGGAAAAAUGUUGAGGAAAAUGCCAGUGAUGUGUGAGUAGUGUUUAUUUAAAUCAUUGGCUGUGCACACUUAUCCCCCAUAUGCACAAGGGUUACAUUCUUGGAGAUCAUCGUAAUCAUGAAUUCGCAAAUACUGAUUUUAAUACCUUUGAGAAAAAAUAGGGUAUGGUAUUAUGGCUACCAAGAUUAUAAUUUUUGUCAUGGCAUAAUAUUUUGGGUUAGAAAUAAUGAAUGUUUCAGAGAUGGUGUUGAUAUUUAUAUGGAGUAAGUUUUUGUAAUACAAAUUAAUAAAUUUUAACAAAAA